AUGGCUUCCUAAGAAGUAGUUAAUACAGAGCUGGGCACAGCCUCAGCAGGUGGUACCCCAGGAAGCCAGGUGGAACCAGAGGUGGUGAAUAAUUCUGUUUACCAGCCCACUGAUGAUAGAUCACAAAAUUACCAGAAAGAGGAACUACAAGCUCUUGGGGCCAUCCAGAUCCUGAAUGGAGCAGUAAUUCUGGCUCUGGGAGUUUUUCUGGGUUCCUUACAAACCUUAUCCCAUCUCUUCAGGCACUUCUUCUUUUUUUUUUUUACCUUCUACACAGGCUAUCCGAUAUGGGGUGCUGUAUUUUUUAUUAGUUCAGGAUCCAUAUCUGGUACAGCUGGGAGAAAACCCACCAGAAUGUUGAUGCAAAGCAGCUUCGGGAUGAACCUUGCCAGUGCUACAGUUGCACUAGUGGGGUUUAUUUUUCUCUCAAUAAAUUUAGCAGUUAACAGCCUGUCAUUCAAGAGCUGUCAGUCUUCGUCGUUACUGGACUUACGCAUUUACACACGGGGCCUUGUGUCUCUAAUGUUAAUGCUUACCUUGCGGGAAUUGUGCCAAACCAUCUCCAUCUCAGCCAGGUGCAAAGCAAACUGCUGCCAUUCAGGAGAGGAGCACAUCCUCAUUAAAGUAGGUCUGAGAGCAGAGAAACUCAACCCCAAAUCUCCAUGA